AUGCUCAUGGAAGGUGAUCGUUAUACAUCUGCAAAUCGCGCGGGAUGUGCCUUGAUCGCAUUCACUUAUGUCUACUCAACUGUGUUCUCCGCUAUCUUUGAGAACUCUAUCCCUGCUGGUAAUGAUAUAGCAGCCCUGAUGCCCAAAUGCAUCACAGUGAAACGUGGUUUCUUCAUCUGCGCAGUUGUUUCGUACGCAAUCUGCCCGUGGUACUUGCUCUCGUCUACAGCCGUCUUCAUCAACUUCCUGAGCUCGUACCAGAUCUUCCUCAGUGCUAUCACGGGUAUCCUAAUCUGCGACUACUAUCUACUCAGACGCGGCCUUUUCGAUAUCCCCAUGCUUUACUCGGGGCACAAAGCUUCUACUUACCACUUCUUUCACGGCUUCAAUCUGAGAGCGUUUGCAGUUUACCUCAUUGCCGUCGCACCCAACUUCUACGGCUUCCUUUACCAGAUGGGCGUCAGUGCACCAUUGGGGAUCCAAAGAUUCUACUACGUUGCGUGA